UUGCAUGCUUCGGACGUGGAAUUAGCUUUGAGAAUAUUUCGGCACAUCGGGGAUGUUUCCAUGGUGUUUGCUCUCGAAAGACUUUUACCGAUUGAAGACAAGAAUCUUCUUGCUGGACAGAUAGCUGUCUUGUUAGGGCGAUUUGAUCAAGCAGAAGAGUUAUUACUUCGGAGCUCAAUGCCAAUCGAAGCUUUGAAUUUACGGAGAGAUCUACUAGAUUGGCCAGUUGCUCUAAGUUUAGCUGAGAAACUUUCUCCUGAAGAAAUACCAUGCAUCGCGAAAGAGUACGCUCAGCAGCUAGAGUUUAUUGGUGAUUAUUCUUUAGCAUUAGCGCAUUAUGAAAAAGGAGUAGUCGAAGCUGAUGAUAUGAACGAGAAAAUAAUGGAACAUAAUGAAGUUUGUCGUGCAGGUGUUGCUAGAAUGUCUAUCAGGACGGGCGAUAUUAGAAGAGGAAUACAAUUAGCACGGGAGCAAGAAGGAAGGUUGAUCAAAAGAGAUUGUGCUAUAGCCUUAGAGCAACUGAAACAACUGGGAGAAUCAGCCGAACUGUAUGAGUUAGGACAGUACUAUGACAGAGCUGCUGCGGUCUGCUUGAAAGCAAAAGCUUGGGGAAAAGUUGCAGAGCUUUUGCCAAAAGUUAGAUCACCCAAAAUUCAUGCUCAGUUCGGCCGUGUUAUGGAGUCCGAAAAAAAAUAUCAAAAGGCUGCAGUGGCUUAUAAAGCAGCAAGAGACUAUGAUAACUUGGUGAGAGUGUUACUGGAUCAUUUGGACCAGGCAGAAGAAGCUGUCAAAAUUGUUCGAGAAAGCAGAAGUGUUGAAGGAGCCAAGCUAGUUGCAAAGUUUUUCUCCAAAUUAGGAGAUCAUAGUUCUGCCAUACAGUUCCUGGUUAUUUCUCAGUGUCAAAUGGAAGCUUUUCAACUUGCAGAAACCAAUGAUCGGAUGUUGGACUAUGCUGUUGCAAUUGACGAAUUUGGAACACCUGAGCAAUAUGCUCAACUCGGUGAAUAUUUUGCUAAUUCGGGUGACAUGGUCAACAGUGGGAAGUUUUUCAAAAAGGCUGGUCAUUUCAAUGCUGCUCUCAAUCAGUUAAUUCAAGCUGGAGAUCUCAGGGAAGCUUAUUCUGAAGGAAUAGACACCGUUGCAAAGUCAGGAGAUCCUAACUUGAUGAAAAAGUUUAAAGAUUACUUACUUGGAGAGCUGGAUGGCAUUCCCAAGGAUGCUCAUCACCUUUUCCGAUUCUAUGUUGCCCUCAAACAAACUAGAGAAGCUGCGAAAACUGCCAUAAUAAUAGCUGUAGAUGAGCAAGAAAACGGAAAGUACACUAAAGCACGUGAAGUUCUCUUCUUCAUGUAUAGGGAAUUGAUUUCUCAAAAUAUUCGAGUGCCUAUGGAAAUGGAAAACAGUCUUAUGCUUAUCCACUCAUAUCUCUUGGUCAAAGUGUUAAUGGGGAUGGAACAAUGGAUGAGAGCUGCUCGACUAAUUUGCCGAGUUGUUUCUAAUAUUAGUCGUUUCCCUGCUCAUAUAGUACCGAUUUUAACAUCAGCUGUAGUUAUUUGCUCGAAAGCAGGUCUCCAUAAUGCAGCUCUGCAAGCGGCAACACAGUUGAUGAAUCCUUCGUAUCGCAAUAAAAUCGACGCGAAGUAUAAGAAAAAAAUUGAAUCUCUCGUUAGAAAAGGAGACAGAAAGAAAGAUCCUGAGGACUUGAAGUCACCCUGUUUUUUUUGUCAGGUUUUGGUUACAGAGAUGGACUUACACUGCUCGAGCUGCAAAAACAAUCUACCUUAUUGUAUUUUAACAGGACGCCAUAUUACUGCUGGCGAUUUCGCUCUAUGCUCACAGUGCGAUUUUCCGGGUUACUAUUCUGAGUUCAAAAAACACAACACUUGUCCCAUGUGCAACGCUCCCACUAAAGAAGUUAUUCCUGGAAGUUCUCAGGCAUACAUGUCGAAGUUGAAACAUCAAACAGCUCGAGAUUAG